UUACAAAUCACAGUGUGGCGGCGGGUGUAAAAGGGAGGUGGCGCUGCUUCUUGCCAGUGUGCUGUGUGCUUGUGACACCUGCAUAGCACUUCCUUCCCGACAUUUCCAGUCCGGUGCCACGACUUAAGGGGAGUUACACCUGUGAAGUGACACCUAAGCUGCCUGACAGCUUAAUCUUGUGGAGUAACCAUCCUGCCAACCCCUACAAGGAAGCAGUGAGGGGGAGGGACGACAAGAGAAGAGGAGGUACCCAAGAUGACCCAGCCACAAGAGUCCUGGCUGCUUGGGGUGGUCCUGCUUCUGGCCACUGCCACCACCACCCACCAGGCCAACCCGUCAUGCCACCCAGUGAAGGAAGGCAUGCUCAACGUCCACCUGGUCUGCCACACUCACGAUGAUGUUGGCUGGCUCAAGACUGUGGACCAGUACUUUUAUGGAGCACAUAACAGCAUCCAGCGUGCAGGGGUGCAGUACAUCCUGGAUUCAGUGGUGGAUGCACUGCUCAAGAACCCUGACCGCAAGUUCAUCUAUGUGGAGUCUGCCUUCUUCUUCAGGUGGUGGAACGAGCAGACGCCAGAAAGGAAGGAUGUGGUCAAGAGUCUGGUCAGGUCGGGUCAGCUAGAGUUCAUCGGAGGUGGGUGGUGCAUGAAUGACGAGGCAACCGCACACUACAAUGCCAUCAUUGACCAGAUGACGCUGGGCCUGGUGAAACUCAAUGAGACCUUUGGGGAGGCAGCCAGACCCACGGUGGCCUGGCAGAUUGACCCCUUCGGCCACUCCAGGGAACAGGCCAGCAUCUUCGCUCAGAUGGGAUUCGAUGGCCUUUUCUUUGGCCGUCUGGAUCACGAUGAUAAGAACCAUCGCUGGGACACUCACACCAUGGAGAUGAUGUGGCAGGGCAGCCAGAACCUUGGGGAUGCAGCCUGGCUGUUCACUGGAGUGCUGCCUCGCGGGUACUCACCUCCUGUUGGCUUCUGCUUUGACAUCCUGUGCUCAGAUGAACCGAUCAUGGAUGACCCAAGACUCCACGACUACAAUGUGGACAAGAAGGUUGAUGCAUUCAUAAAGGCAGCCAAGGCAGAGGGUGAGGGUUACGCCACCAAGCACAUCAUUAUGACCAUGGGCGAGGAUUUCAAUUACCAGGAGGCAGGAAUGUGGAUGUCCAACCUGGACAAGCUGAUCAGGUAUGUCAACAAACGUCAGUCCAGUGGGUCACAGGUCAAUGUGCUGUAUUCCACCCCGUCAUGCUACCUGUCAGCACUGCACGACGCAAACCAAACCUGGACCUCCAAGACUGAUGAUUUCUUCCCCUACGCAUCAGGCAACCAUUCCUACUGGACCGGAUACUUCACCUCCCGGCCCACACUCAAAGGAUAUGUCCGCCAGACCAAUGGUAUCCUUCAGGCAGUGAAACAGGUGGCUUCCCUGCUGGGGAUGGGCCACAGUGAGGGCCUGGAGACCCUGAAGGAGGCAAUGGGCGUCCUGCAGCACCACGAUGCUGUGUCCGGGACUGAGAAGCAGCAUGUGGCAGAUGACUACAGUGAGAGGCUGGCAAUCGGCACCAAAGCAGCACUAGGGGUGAUGGGGCAGGCACUCAGCAAGUUGCAGCCAGUUGAGGCAUUGCAGAAGGAGAAGGAGAAGGAUGGGGGAACUUUUCACUUCUGCCCAUUACUCAACAUCUCCAGCUGCCCUAUCACUGAGUCCUCGUCAGCCUUCAUCAUGACUGUCUACAACCCCAUCGCCCGGCCCAUCAGCCACUACGUCAGGCUGCCCGUGCCCAGUGACACGGCCUACAAGGUUACUGACUAUAAAGGUAAUGCAGUAAAGGCCCAACUUGUCCCCAUCCCCAAGCCAGUUUUGUCUAUCCCUGGCCGACACUCCACCGCUGCCUAUGAGCUCGUCUUCCAAGCCACAGACAUUCCUCCACUGGGCUUCCUGCGCUACCACAUUAAGCGUACAUCCAGUUACCGCAUCCUCCGCCAGCAGAUUUCUAAGACUCACUCCCAUGUCCUGGGUGGAGAUGACCCUAUUGAGCUGUCUGGAGAUGAGAACCUUGCCAUCUCAGUGGACCCCAAGACUGGCCUACUCGAGAGGGUGGGAGCGGUGCGGCCCGGACCCAUUCAGAUGAUUCCUGUGAGCCAAAACUUCCUAGUGUACCCAGGCAUGGCAGGCAACAACACCAAGGAGCAGUACAGGGCAUCAGGAGCCUACAUCUUCCGCCCCAAUGCCACAGAGGCCCGGGAGAUUGCCAAGAAGGUCAAUGUUGUCACUGUGGAAGGGCCGUUGGUGUAUGAGGUGCACCAGGAGUGGGGGCCAUGGGUGAGUCAAGUUAUACGCUCCUACAUGGGCCACCUCAACCUGGAGAUGGAGUGGCUGGUGGGGCCUAUUCCUAUCAGCAGGGACAAGAUUGGGCUGGAGGUGGUGAGCCGUGUGGACUGGUCUUCCAUCACCACUGGUAACACUUUCUACACUGACUCCAACGGAAGGGAGAUGCUGAAGCGUGUGAAGGACUACCGGCCCACCUGGCGCUUGCAUAACCUUGAGCCUGUCGCCGGCAAUUACUACCCAGUCAACUCUCGUCUCAUCCUAGACAAUGGCCCAGAUUUCAGGGCCGCCAUACUCACUGACCGCUCCCAGGGUGGCACAUCCCUCAACCCAGGACAGAUGGAGCUCAUGGUCCACCGGCGCCUCUUCUAUGAUGAUGCCUUUGGGGUGGGCGAGCCUCUCAAUGAGACACAGUUUGGGGAGGGUUUGGUGGCUCGUGGCAAGCACUACCUCCUCCACAGCUCCUUUGCAAGCCCGGAGUGUGACUUCGGCUGCCUACACCGCACGCUUGGAGAGGAGCUGCUGCUGCCGCCACUCUAUGCCUUUGAAGAAACCUCUGCCUUAGCACAUACCUGGACCAACACAGCUGUCAACAAGUGGGGCGGCCUGGGGAUGAAUCUGCCAUCCAACGUGCACCUGCUCACGCUGGAGCCAUGGGGGGACAACCUGCUGCUGUUGCGCCUCGAACACAUGUAUGAGAAGGGAGAGAGUGACACACACAGCAGCCCUGUCACUGUGUCCCUCAAGGGACUUUUGGCAGACUGGGCUAUCACUGGUGUGGAGGAAAUGAUUCUCUCAGCAAACCUCCGGAAGAAGGACGAGCACCGACUCAAGUGGAAGGUGAAGACAACCAGCACAGCACAGGCCAGUCCCAGUGAGCAGCACAGGACCAACAAUAUCGUGCACCACCAGGACCCGCUCAGCGUGACUCUCGGCCCCAUGGAGAUCCGCACCUUUGUCUUGACAGUGAAGAAAGCAUCAUCAAGGUUCUAGGAAGGCCGAGAUGGAGUGGAUAGGGUACAUGAGGCAAGGUGAAGGGAGUGGAGAGGUGCCUUGCAUUAUGUACAUGGUGUGUGCUGAUUAAGUUAGGACAAGAUAAAGGAGUAGAGAGGUAGGUGCCUUGGAUAUUCUGUAUAUGGUGUGCAUUGAUUAAGUUGAAAAAGGUUCCCAGAAUUAGAUCACAUGCACUGACCAAGUUGAGACAAGAAGUAGGAAGGUGACUUGCAUUAGAUGAUGUGCAUAAAACUAACUCCAUAUUCCCUGUUCUUAUAAUCAGAUUGAAAAGCAGAUCUGAGGUGUACACUUCAGAGCAAGUUAUCAAAGAGGGACAUGUACUUCGGUUAGUGCUUGCCAUCUAAUGUGGAGCACCUUAGGCCUUAUAGUUUGCAUCUUGUACUUAACCUUUUGUACUCUUGCAUUAUUAGUUUGGUCAGUGUUUGCCAUCUGAUGUGGAGUGCUUCUGUCCUUAUCAUUUCCUUCUUUCUUGUAUUUGACUCAUGUAUUCUUGCACUAUCUUGGUCAGUGUUCGUCAUCUGAUAUGGGCAUUUCAAUUCUUGUGGUUUGCUUCCGUCUUGUACUUGACUUGAGUACCCUGAGAAGAUCUACACCAUACCCAUACUGUGUUGCUAAUACUGCCCAGUCCACUGCUGUAACUGGCCACUAACUCAUUCCAAACGUGUCACUGAAAACAAUGAAAACAAAAGAGUGCUGAAAUUUUAUACUCUAUUUUUAAUACUAUUAGAAAAGGUUUUUUAUAUAAUGUAGACUUUUAUACAUUGAUAUUAUUUGUAUCAAUAUUAAUUUUGUUAUUAUUUAUAUGAAGUUUAUAUAUAUAAUGAUGCAUUUGCAUGAAAAAAAAAAAAAAAUAAAAAAAAAAAAUAUAUAUAUAUAUAUAUAUAUAUAUAUAUAUAUAUAUAUAUAUAUAUAUUAUUACACACAGGAUACUGGUGUUCUGAAAGGAUGUUAUGAUGCUUAAUUGUGUUUAUUUACUGUGCAGAUUGUGAAUGAGAAAAAAACUAAGAGCACAAUUAUGAUUUACUGCUGCAGGUUGUCAAGUGUGUGUAAUAAGGAAAGGUUGUGUGAAUGGAUGGUUGGUCUUCCCUUGAAUGGGUGGUCUUCUGAAUGAGUGGCCAGUCUGUGCCUGAAUGGAUGGCCUUUAACUUCCUUAAUUAAAAAUGUGAUAGAUUUGAUAAUAUAGAGACUUGAUUUAGGAUCCAAGAAUCACAUUAUGAAAAGUUCCAGUGAUAGUCUAAGCAACCAAGUAGUGAAUAUUAAGCCUGAAAAUAUCCCAAUCUAUCCAGAUGGUUUGUGGUGCUUGUAUGAGAAGUGUGAAGCAAGCAACUAUACAUCUUGGAAAGUUGCAGUUCCUUUCACUGAAAACGCUUGGUUGUGUCACUGUUGUUGUGAAUUAGUGUAACUCCGUAUCCAUUAGCACAUUUAGUUUUGUUGACAUUUAAUAAACAUCUAAAUAUC